AUGGCGAAUAAGGUAUUUCUUAUUACAGUGAAUAUUUUGGAGGGAAGGCACUAUAUUUGGGAAGAUAUGGACUCUGUAGUUGUCGUUAGGAUAGAUGGUCACCAAAAAUCUACAGGAGUACAGAAAAAUACGGAUUGCCCCUAUUACAAUGAGUAUUUCGUGUUUGAGUUUUAUACUACGUUGGAGAACAUAUUGGAAAAAAAUAUCAAAUUAUUGGUUAUAGAUCCAUGUAAAAUCUGGAGAAGAAGAAAAAUCCUUGGAGAAAUCACCUUGGACGUAGCUACAGUGUGGAAACAAAAAAGCCACCAGUUUUACCACAAAUGGGCAAUUCUAGGUACUACAAAAUUAGAUGAUUUUACUGGACCACGAGGAUAUUUAAAAGUAGAUAUCUGUGUACUAACCAAAGGUGAGGUUCCAAGAACACCGACCAAUGUUACUAAUGACGAAAUUGAAGGCAAUCUACUUCUUCCAGAAGGCCAAUUUUCUGAGAGGCACAAAGCAAAAUAUAUUUUUGAUGUAUAUAAAUGUCAUAAUUUGGUUGAUAAACCUGGACUCUUAAUAGAAGAUACAACCUCGGAAGAGUCUCAAAAGAAGAAAUCUGUAUAUAUCUCAAUUACUUUUGCUGGCCUAUGUGUAAAAACCUCCACUAAGAAGAAUGCAUCUGUUCUAGAGUUUAACGAAAGACUAACCAUAGCUGAUCUCUUUCCUCCUCUGUGCCAGACAAUAAAAAUUGAAGCAUGUGUCGGUAAAACCGUGCUCUCCCAAAAACAAAUAGGUUUGAAGCAUAUCUCAAAUGAUAAAGAUGAAGGAUUCCUGCCAACAUUAGGUCCUAUCUACUUACAUUUAUAUUCGAGAAAUCCUCUGGAAGGGUAUGCUGGAUCCAUUUUAAUGUCUAUUACCACGGAGCUAGUUACCACGGUGAUAUCUGACAUGAAGAUAGAAACAAAGAUUGAAGCUCUACUGCCACUGCAUGAGAAAUCAUUUUUCGAUGAAGAAAGUAUCACUAUUUUUGCAUGUAUAUCUGAGUUGACCGCAAUCAGUCGAAAAUAUGCCAAAAAAACUGUUUGUAUAAGUAUGACGUUUGGAAGUACGCUUAUCCAAAAAAGGAUACUACCGACAGGUCGAGAAGUAGCUACAAAUAUUACAGAUGAAACGAGACCCACGAAAAUUAACAAAAAGUAUUAUUACCUCGACUAUUAUAAAGAACAACCCUGUUUGUGGAUAGUUCAAGAUGUGCCAUUUUUCAAGAAAAGAGAGUACAAUUCGAAUAUUUUGUUCAAAAUUGUGACAGAAUUGGGAAGAAAAUUAGACGAAAUAGAGGAGCUUCUUACAAAUGGGAAUGUUGAGACCUACGGUAUGAUUAUUAGGAAACUCUUAGAUGCAAAAAAUUUUGUUGAAUCAAGUGGAAGAAAGUACAUAGAUAUUGUUGGUUCCUACAAAGUAACUUACAAUACAACAUUGGACAUCGAGCGAAGAAAGAUGUGUAUCCGAGAAAUGGCAAAUAUACUAAUAAAUGUCAAGAAAAUAGGUGACAAAUAUUCAUAUAAGAAAAAUUUUCGUAAACUCAAAUACAUAUGGACUAAAAUAAAUGGUUUAGUAGAAGAUAUUCAAGAUUGUUGGCCCCACGUCAUUCUCUGGUUGGUACAUGGAAAGAAGAAAGUUGCUUACACUAAAAUUUUGGUAAGGGAUAUCAUGUAUUCACCAAUAGAUGAGGAGAAAGGACAACACUGUGGUCAAAAACAAACGAUUUGUUUUUAUGAUUAUCCUCACGACAAGACUCAUCUUGCGGCAAAAAUGGAUGUAACUAUGUUUCUUUAUUUGGAGAGACACAAAAACGCCUGUGUCGACAAAGUUCCUUCAUUGGGUUCCGAUUUUCCGAAACAACUUGACUCUCUUCCUAGAUAUAUAAUUGUCUCAGAAAUAGAUUAUCCCUGGGAGUUACGAUGUUACAUCUUUCAAGGAAGGAUUAUAUGCGGCUUUGACAAGAGUGGGUUAUGCGAUCCAUUUGUACGAAUAAUAGCUCGUAACCAAGUCAAAGAAACGCAGAUUAUCAACUAUUCACUUAAUCCACUAUGGGAUGAAACACUAGUGUUUACCGAUAUAUCAAUUAAUUUGUAUGAAGUCCCGUCAAUUUUAUUGGAAAUAUAUGACAAAGAUGAAUUCGGAAAAAAUGAAUUUAUUGGAAGAACUUUAGUUAUUCCCAGGUGUCGAUUACCUACUUAUAAUAAUGAUAAUAUUACUUUGAAAUGGAUUAAAUGUUUUCAUAAUGAAGAAGUUACUGGAGAAGUGCUUGCCGCUUGUGAAUAUGUAUCAGAACACGAUGCAAAGUUAGAAAUACCGCACAGAGGAAAAGUAUAUGGUAUUCCCAUAGAUAUUAAGCCAGUACUAGUGACGUAUAAAGUUGAAAUAUUGUUUUGGGGUAUAAGAAACUUGAGAAAACUGAAUCUGAUGCCAAUCAGAAGACCAAGACUAUCAGUUUUUUGUGGGGAUUAUAGCUUGAAUUCUGAUACAAUAGAAAAUGCCUCACGGGAUUCUAAUUUUAUAAAUCUCACGGAAAGUAUGAUAAUAACAUUUCCAGAAGAAAAGGAAUAUGCACCUCCUCUUAUUAUGAAAAUGUACGAAAGUAAACGAUUUGGAGUUUAUAUGUAUGCAGGAGUUCAUAUUUCCAAACUCACAUCAUUUUUUAUAGUACCCAUGACACACGAAGAGAGACGAAAGAAACUUUCUGAUAUAUCCCUAUACUCUUUUGAUAGUAGUUAUAUAUCCACCUCAAGCUCUCUUAUCUAUCCAGUAGAUAGAAUUGACGUAGACUUACAAAUUGAUUCGGUGGAAGAUGAGAAAGAGAUUAAGUUGGAUGAGAAAAGACACUUUUCCUAUUUUAUCAGCCACUGUUGUAACUUUCUGCGAAAAAAUAAGCAUAUCCAAAAAGUAGCAAAUGCAAGAGAAUCAGAAGUUUCUUACGAAUUGCUUCCAGAAGAACCUGAAGAGGAGUAUUACAGUGAAGACUACGAUUGGUGGACGAAAUUUUACGCAUCUAUACAAUUUAUACGGAAUAAAACCGACAAUAUUAUAUUUUUCCAGAGCUCUGAAAAUUUGGACACUCACAGUUCGCUAGGAAAACGGACGUUAAAGAUAUAUGAUUCAGAACUAGAAACUCAGCCAGAAUUCAACGGCUUUACAGAUAUGUUCAAACCAUUUCCUAUGUUUAAAGGAAAAAGAACAGGAGAUGAGGAUUUAGACGAAGAAAAUAUUACAGGUGUUUUCAAGGGUUCGAUUGCCAUCUACAAAUACCCCUUAAACGACGACAAUGAUUACGUAUUCGCAAAUGGAAUCCCCUUGGAGAAAAGUUAUUUUGAUAACUACCCUGAAAAUAACCCCUUGCGGUAUCUAUUAAGGGUUUAUUGCGUUAGAGCAAUAAACUUAAGACCUAAAGAUCUAAAUGGAAAAUCUGAUCCGUAUAUUCGUUUAAAAUUAAAUCAAAAGGAAAUUGUAGAUAAAGAAAACUAUAUUCCAAAAAGUGUUAAUCCAGUAUUUGGCCGUUGCUUUGAAUUUAGCGCCACGUUUCCUCAAGAUUACUUAUUAAAAAUAUCUGUAUGGGAUUAUGAUAUGACAACAAGCGACGACCUUAUUGGAGAAACAGAAAUUGAUAUAGAAAAUAGAUAUUACACCAAACACAGAGCAUUUUGUGGAAUACCAGAAAUAUAUGAAACAUCUGGAUAUUGUGCUUGGAGAGGACAACAUAAACCGUCAUGUAUUUUACUGGAGAUCUGUAAUAAAUGGAACCUCGGGAUUCCAGAAUAUAAAGAAAAAUCGGUUAAGAUUAGUGAAAAAGAUUUUUAUACAAAUAGUUUCACAUCUAGCCCUGAUCGCGAGUAUGAUCGAGAAGUUCUUGCUUUGACCGCAUUGAAGCGCUGGAGGGAAAUGCCUCUAGUUGGCUUCCCUUUAGUUCCUGAGCAUGUUGAAACGCGAUCGUUGUUUCACCCCUCGAAACCAGGUGUCGAACAGGGAAAGCUUCAACUUUGGAUAGACCUGUUUCCAAUAAUAGAUAUACCUCCUCCAAAGAAGAUAGAUAUAUGUCUUAGAAAACCGACACCGUAUGAGCUUCGUGUGAUCAUUUGGAACACCGACGAAGUUUUACUUGACGAAGACGACUAUUUUAGCGGCGAGAGGAAAUCUGACAUCUAUGUUAAAGGGUGGGUAAUCGACAGCUCCCAAGCUCAAUAUACAGACGUUCACUACAGAUCACUUACUGGAGAAGGAAACUUCAACUGGAGGUUCAUUUUCCACUUUGAUUACCUGUCAACUGAAAACAGAAUUGUGAUAAAGAAGAAAGAAAGUAUGUUUGCAGUCGAUGAAACCGAAUUUAAGUUACCUUGCAGGUUGACAUUGCAGGUGUGGGACAAUGAUACGUUUUCUAAAGAUGAUUUUAUAGGUACACUGACUCUUGAAUUGGCUAAACUACAUAGACCUGUGAAAACAGUUUCAAAAUGCGACCUAAAAAUUCUAGAGAAAGGUGCUCCAACAGUCAAUCUAUUUAAGAUACGAAGAACAAGAGGCUGGUGGCCAUUUAAAGCCUACGAAAGGGAUGCUAAAGACGAAAAAUUAACAGGGAAAGUUGAAGCAGAAUUAGAAUUAAUAUGUCUUGAAGAUGCUAUGAAAGAGCCUGCUGGUGUCGCAAGACGUGAACCUCAACCACUUCCAAUGCCAAACCGACCUGAUACAUCAUUCUCUUGGUUCAGAAACCCCUUAAAAGCUUUCAAGCAUGUCGUCUGUAAAUUAUAUAAAUGGAAGUUAAUAAAAGCAGGGUGCGUUCUGGUAAUUGUGUUGUUGGUGGUAGCUGCCAUGUACGCUUUUCCUGGCUAUACGGUUAAAAGAAUUCUUGGAGCCUAAGUUUUAUUUAUUAAGAUCAGUAAUGUGCUUAUAGAUUUACGUUUACAGCUUUAUAUUACAACUUUAAUUUAUUGUAUUUUUAUAUGUUUAAAUAUAUUUUUAUGUCCUACUA